AUGCUUGCCGAUAUUCCUGUUAUUGGUAAAAUCCACAGUGGACUAAACCAACGCAAAGGCAUACUGUUCGACAGAGAUCACGACCUGGAUGACAUUCCUGAACAGGAGAUCCAAUCUGAAUUGGAAUCCCAGGGAGUGAUCUCUGUUAAACGAUUUACCAAAAAACGGAAUGAUUUUAUCGAACCAACAAAUACAUACCUUUUGACUUUUGGCAUGCCAACACUUCCUACAAAUAUAAAGGUUGGGCUCUACCAAAUGAAAAUCGAGAUGUUCGUUCCAAAUCCGCUGCAUUGUUUCAAAUGUCAGCGGUUUGGACAUGGACAGUCCAAUUGUAAAGCCUCUGAAGCAUGCUUCAAGUGUGGUGAAGAGGGACAUGAUGGUAAAAGUUGUCAAAAAGACCCCAAAUGCAGAAAAUGUAAGGGCGGGCACAUGGCUUCCUCUAAACAUUGUCCAAUUUGGAAAAAAGAGAAAGAGAUACAAAAGGUAAAGGUUGAAAAAAGAAUACCUUACUCAGAAGCCAACAAAUUGGUAAAUAUGUACAGUGUCCCGAAACCAAAUUUGACAACAUAUGCAACUGUUGUAAAAGCGUCCUCUUUGAAGGACAUGUCUACACAGGUCUCUGAAAAAGAAUUAUUUCAGCAGGCCUCAUCAUGUAAAAUACCUUUGUCAUCUAAUGACAAAGGUAAACCCACUUCAAUACCUGCUUCUGCAGGUCCUGCAGUUGCACCAAAAACCGUAGCUGUGGCUACAUCACAGCCAUCGGCUGCGAAUAAAUCACAAUCAACAGGGAGACAAAACAAGUCUCCUUCAAAAAACAUCCCCAAGCAGUCGAGUGAUCGGUUGCCCAAAGAGGCACGAGAUGCCGUCACUCUCCACAAUAAAUUUGGGGUCUUCGAGGAGAUGGACAUUACACCCUGCCAUUCCUCCUCGCAAGUUCGAAGUACGUCACCAAAGAAAAAUAGAGGGAGGAUAUCCCCCAUUUCUCAUAAUAAAUAA